AUGGACGCCUCCGUCACCACUCCCUUGCUCCACGGGCAAUCGGAAUACCAUGAUGGACAUGGCCUGCCCACGCCGGCAUCCUAUGGCCAGGUUCAAGACCAUCCUGCGUUUCUGAGAGCAUGCCAUUCACCCUGGCGGUCCUUCUCCCAGAACCACUUGUGCUGGGUUCGAGGUGGUAUCGUUGCUUACCUGACCGCAGUCGGAGCUACGGUUCUUGACUACAAGCUGCGAAAAGAAGAGUCUGCCUACUCUGACUGGCGAGUGGUCUUUGACUUCUCCGUCGUCACCUUUUCUCUACUCUUGGCCUACCAUGCGGUUGUACUGGGCUGGACCUACACUCAUCUCUAUCAUCCACAUAUCGAGGAGACCAGUACUGGCUGGGAGUACUGGGCAUUGAGAACCCUGUCACUGCCUUACGACAUGGCCAGUCUUCGCAAGCAGUUCUACUUCACCUUGUUCUACACCACCACAACUGUUUUUACCUUCAUGAACACAGUCAUCUACUGGUUUGUUACCUUGGAGCACGACGACAAGAACACGGGAGAGCCCCCCAAGCCUCAGCCAUCCGGAGGCUCCGCCAUGGCCGACAUGAUUGGGGACGCUUUUGCAUCCGAAUGGACCAGCUUGGAAGACUCACACAAGAAUGGGCCACAUGAACCUUUCACGGAGAUUUUCGGAAAGGGCUGGUACAAGGCCUUUGUAAUCAUCAACCUCUUCGGCAUCACAUCGGUCGUCUCUCUCAUUGAGAUCUUCUGGCUCAACAGCAUCAAGCGCCCCUUUGGCGUUGGCGCACACACUUUGGGCGUCAUCUUCUUCGCGGGUCUCUACCUCGGUUGGGCAGCCAUCGGCAAAGUCGAGACUGGCGCCGAUGCCUUCUACUGGCUGAACGAGAAGAAUGUCGGAUCCCGUGAGGCCGUUGUGGCAUCGUCGAUUGGAUUUGUAAUCCUUGCUCCCAUCAUGUACGCAUUCAUGUACGGUCUCGUUGGUAUGCGCGAGAACAUGGCCCGAGCUGCCCACACGAGACGGGUUGCCGCCGCUGCCGCGGUGGCGGGCCACUGA